AUGCUGACUUUGGAUGAAAUUCUGGGGAUAGUAUACCUUCAACUAACUGGAAUUGGAUGCCUGGGAAACUUAACUCUCCUCAUCCUAAAUAGCUUUAAUUUCUUGACUGCUCAUAAAGUAAAACCAAAAAAUGUAAUUAUCAUCCACUUAGCCUUUUCCAAUGCUAUGGUACUUCUCUUUAGGGGAAUACCUACCAUAACAAGGCUUUGGAAGGUAAAAUGUGUCCUGGACAAGAGUGGGAUUAAAAUCAUAACAUAUAUGCAGACAAUAAGCCGGGGUCUCUCCUUAUACAGCACUUGUCUCUUGAGUGUCUUCCAGGCCAUUACUAUUAGUCCCAACAACUCCAUGUGGGCACAGUUGAAAAUUAAAGCAACAAAGUUCAUCAUUCCAUGCAUUGUUCUAUGCUGGAUCAUUAAUCUACUAUUAGAUAUCCUUAUAUUUCUACAUCAUGAUGGUCCAAAGAACAGCACAGUCAGUAAAUACGGAUGCAACACUGGGUAUAGAGCUCUAGAUAUGUAUAAUAAUAACCAUAUAAAAUUUAAAAUCAUAGCAUGUGUCCAUGAUAUUUUCUUUGCAGGCCUCAUGAUAUCUUCUAGCUUCCAUAUGGUCUUAAUGCUAUACAGACACAAGAGGAAUGUUAAUCAUAUACAUAGUAAUAGCACCUCUACCAAAGUAUCCCCUGAAACGAGGGCAACCCAAACUAUCCUGCUUCUAGUGGCCACCUUUGUUUUGUUUAAUAUAUUCAGUCCCAUUUUUAUUCUGUACAUGUCCUAUUUUAAAUUCACAAACACUUGGAUGAUACAUACAUCAGCCCUUCUCUCUCUUCGUUAUCCAACAGUCAGCCCUUUCAUUCUGAUCAGCAUUAGUAACCAGAUCCCCAGUUUUUGUGCUCACAGAUAA